AUGUGCGAUGAGCUUUCUCGAACUAGUGAACUUACAAACGAUAAUAAUGAAUCUCCACAACAGCAUAUGUCUCCCCAUCUCAUCAACUUGGCAAGACGACUUAUAACGACAACAACCAUGGCAUCCCCCUCCUUCCAAACGAAAAUUGCAAAAGUGGACCCCACAAAGAUUUUUUUCCCAGAAAAUUCACAUAUCGAUGGCACACUCCCCAUAAUAACUGAUCCAAUAACGGAAUCUGCACUACUGGAAGCUGCUCAAAUAAUAAGAGACACGGACCAAACAGUAGCGUUCCCCACAGAAACUGUCUAUGGACUCGGUGGUUCCGCAUUGAACGAUCAAUCAGUCAUUAACAUCUACAAGGCCAAGAACAGACCAAGUGAUAACCCAUUAAUCACUCACGUAUCAUCCAUCAACCAACUCAAUAGGAAAAUAUUCAAAUCCCACAAAACUGACUCAUCCCUGCAAAAUAUCCCCAUCAUAUAUCACAAAUUAAUAAAAACCCUAUGGCCAGGUCCAUUAACCAUUUUACUCCCCACGGAAAACACAAGAGGAACACUUUCUGUCAAGACCACUAAUUCUCAACCCACAUUCGCAGUAAGAAUCCCAUCAAACGUCAUCGCAAGAGCAUUGAUAGCAUUAAGUGACACUCCGAUAGCGGCCCCCUCCGCUAACACAUCCACUAAACCAUCUCCAACAUUAGCAUCCCAUGUCUUUCAUGAUUUGAAAGGGAAAAUACCAUUGAUAUUGGAUGGUGGACCCUGUAAUGUCGGUGUGGAGAGUACCGUGUUGGAUGGACUAUCCAGACCACCAAUGCUUUUACGUCCCGGUGGACUGACUUUGGAACAUAUAUUGGAAUUAGGCGGUCAGGAUUGGAUUGAUUGUAAAGUGGAAAAUAAACAAAAUGUGAAACAAGGUGAGACGGUAAGGACACCGGGAAUGAAAUAUAAGCAUUAUUCCCCCGAUGCAAAAGUUAUAUUGUUGAUCCCACCGCCAGAUUCAAAUCAACGACCUACAGUGAAAUCAUAUUUACAUGAAUUGAAUGAGAUUGUAGGGCAGGAGAAGGGUAAGAAGAUUGCCAUAUUGACGGGUCCCAUACUAAACAGGGAAGAAAAAUUGUUCCCAAACAAUACAGAUAUCAUUGUGAAACAUCUCGGUGAUGAAGGUAAUGAGAUUCAAGCAAAUUUGUUCGCCAUGUUAAGAGAAGCGGACGAGAUAGAUAAUGUCGAUGUCAUGAUAGUGGAAGGUUCAUCAGAAGAUGGUGAAGGACUAGCUAUUAUGAAUAGAUUAAAGAAAGCUUCUGCUGGUAAUUAUGUAUAUGUAACCUAA